UCCAACACUGUCUGGCGCUUUUCGCAUUCAAACAAAAACACAAAAAGGCAGCAAAAAGUAGUGCAAAAUGGAAACUGAAGUGGAUUUCGGCACCAUAGCUUCAAAGUUAUACCGAAACUACGGGCAGCAUUUAAAGAAUCUCAAGGAUUGUUGCGUGUCCAAGACGGUGAUGAAGCCACCGGCUUACUUCGGGAAUCUGCAGCUGAUGUUGGACGAGGAAACGGCUGCCAUGUCGCCGCCCAACGACCUUGGGUCGGUGGCGGAGUACGCUGAGCUCUUCAAGACCCUGGAGGAGUAUCCGGCCAAUCUCCAGAAGAUGCCCAAGAAGCGAGGCGAGUUGCAGCGGGUCAACUCCACGCUCCUGCGCGGUGCAGAAGUUUCGACUGCGGCUCUGGCGGAUCAGUCGACGGCCAUCAACACUUCCAACAUCUCGCUGAGCAUGACGCGGCUGGAGGAGCUGCCCAGUGCCGUGGAGGUGUACAAGGAAUUCAGGGUCUUCCAGCGCAAGCUGGAGAAGAUCUACGAGGAGAUCGCCGCUCUGGACACCACGGAAUCCAUUUACAAACAAAAGCUGGUGCAGCUGCAUGGCUUUGCCCAGCAGCUGGAGAAGCUUAUGCCCACGGGAGGUGAUGCUCCACCGGACGCCUUCUCAGCUGAACAGCAGGAGAAGCUGCUGGCUCUGGCGGCCAAUAUGGAGCAGCUAAACUAUCUACGCUCUAAUAGCCUGCCGCUGCCAAGUCCCAGCGAGCUAAUGGCCAACGGGAGCGUGGCUGCGCGCCUCGAAAUGUUCGUGGAGGUGCUUAGCUAUGCCCUUAUGCAAAUCAGCAGCUACAACAUGGUUUUGAUUUGAUUUAAUUAUUAAUAUAUUAUCGUUAGAAUACAGAAAUUUGGGAACAAAA